GACAAGAGAGACAGAGCAAGACCUCUUCUCCACUCUCUCAAAUUCUGUUAAUUAUCCCAAACCCACUCCCUUAUCCCUCUCUAGAAUCGCAACAAAGACCCAAUUUUUUUCCCAUGAAAGAGGGGGCUUGACGUCAUUCCCCCUCUCCACAUUAUGGCCUUGGUUCCAUACGAUUCAGAAUCCAAAUCAAAAUCCAACACCUUCUGUCCUCCCUGGCAGGAAAUGUUCCGAUCCGCCUCAAUCAGAAAACCCGAUACCAAUUCGCCGUCUCCUGCGGCGGCGGCGCAGCCUCCGCCUGACGACGGCGACGCCAAUUCCCUCUCCAGUGAUCCCCAGGUGCGCCUCGCUCUCUACAUCGCCAUGGCCCACGCCGGCCUCACCUUCACCAUCUUCCUCGUUUUCGGAGUCGGCAAGCUCCUCGAGAAUUUCCUGCGCCCCAUUUUGUGGGCCGUGCUCUGCUCGAUCCCUCUCCGAGGAAUUCAGGAAGCCCUCUUCGGAUUCUGGGCUGAGCCCUUGAAAUUGGGGCUAACCGAGACCACGCUAGCAAUCCCCGUCGCCAUUUUCAGGGUCUUCUUCGGAACCCUAGUUGAGAUCAAGGAAUUGUUUUUGGGAGUUGCGCGUAGGAAGAAGAAGGCUGCUACUCCAAUGCGGAGGAAGCAGAGCGCUUUCUACAAGCUUGUGCGGUGGCUGGUUUCAUUUUGGUUGUUUGUGAUGGCGUAUGAAGUGAUUGGUGGGAUUGGGUCGGUUUCGCUUGUGGCUUUGGGUUUCAUGUUUACUACUAAUGCUGUGGAUGCCACUAUGAGUAAAGUCUCUACCUUUAGGAGCAAGAGCUUCCGUAGGCUGCCGGUGAGUGCGUUUUUCACGAGGGUUAUAUUGUCACGGUUGAAGACUUUUAUUGCUAUUGGUUUGAUUGUUGCUAUGAUUGUUGGCUCUUUAGCUGGGAUUAUCUUCUUCUCUUACAAGAUUGGGUUGGAGGGGAAAGAUGCUGUUUUUGCUCUCAAGUCUCAUGUGGAGGAGAGCAACUAUGCUGAGAGGAUUGGUGUGAAGAAAUGGAUGGAUGAUAAUGAUGUUCCCGGAAUGGUGGAUAUGUAUUCGACCAAGCUCUACGAGACUGUGUCGGAUCAGAUUGAUUCCUUGGCAAUGCAGUACAACAUGACUGAAUUCGUCAUUGGGAUCAAGCAGUUUGUGAUCACGCCAUCAGGAAACGCUUCCACCAAGUCCACGGCUUUGAUGAGUCCUUCCCCUUAUGCUGAGAGGUUCUUGAGCUUGAAACAGAGAAUGAGGGAGCGGCAUUGGGGGCAGAUAUACGCCGAAGUGGACUCCCUGUUUCGAGAAGUUUUGAUCACGAGGGAAGAUUUGGUGGAGAAGGCGAAGGGGUUUGCUUCUCAGGGGAUGAAUGUGAUGCAGAGUGUGUUAGUCAGUAGCACGUCUGUUCUAGGUGGAAGCGCUAAGCUAGUGUUCUUGGUUGGGAGCUCCAUUCUCUCCGGUGCCGCAGGGCUGCUCAACUUUGUUUCACAAUCCAUGGUGUUUUUUUGGGUGUUGUAUUAUCUGAUCACAUCGGAGUCUGGUGGAGUUACCGAGCAAGUGAUAUAUAUGUUCCCCAUCACACCUUCUGCAAGAGACCGGUGUGUUGAAGUGCUGAAUAAGGCCAUCUCGGGAGUUCUGUUAGCAACCGUUGAGAUUGCCUUCUAUCAAGGAUGCCUGACUUGGCUUCUCUUCAGAUUAUUCUCAAUACACUUUUUGUAUAUGUCAACUGUAAUGGCGUUUGUGAGCUGUUUGCUGCCUCUGUUUCCCCAUUGGAUCUCGACAAUACCAGCAACGCUGCAGUUGGUGUUCGAGGGAAGAUAUUUAUUGGCAAUCACGUUGUUCAUCAUUCAUCUUGCGCUUGUGGAGUAUGGAACUAUAGAGAUACAGGAGGAUAUUCCUGGUCAUAGUGCUUAUCUUACGGGUCUCAGCAUCAUCGGUGGGAUGACAUUGUUCGACUCUGCAUUGGAGGGAGCAAUAAUGGGGCCACUGAUCACUACAGUUGUAAUAGCUCUGAAAAAUUUGUAUGUUGAGUUUGUAUUGGAAGGACAAAAGGAGGAAAGUAAAUAGGAAUUGGUGUGGUCUGAUCUGUUUGGAAUGUUAAAUCGGCCUGUAAUGAGUUGGUGUAUGGGUUGUGCGCACAACUCUGCUUCUCAAUAACCGAAAUGUGCAGAUACCGCACCGCCAUGAGUUGUGUGGAAAGGUGUUUUGAGUUGCGUGGGGUCGAGUUGUUCUAUAUGAAGAUGGUGCUGAAGUUUGCACGACCAAAUUUGAUGCCGUCGUUCGUGUUAGUAUAUAGCUUUGUGAGUAAUACAUACACGUGUCCAGAAUUGUGUUAUCACAAAAGUACAUCUGCAAAUUGAUUGAUAUUUAUCUUUUUUCCUUGA